ACCACCCGCUUCUUUGUCCCCCUCCGGUCCACAACCUCCGACCCAGGCCAGGUCCCACGGUGGUUCGCCCACCACGACCAACCAGCCUGCCCUGCUCCCCCUACCCACAGGCGGACAGUCGCAGGGGGCAGAUGGGGAGACGGAGGCGGCAGUUGCCGACCUUCUCAGGAUAUGGGACGCCGCAUGGUGAUCGAUGACUCCGACGCGGCCCCCGACCACCCCCUCUGCCCAGACGCAUCCACUGCUCCAGCUGCCCACACCCCAGCUCCUACGUCCCCCGGCGAGGCCACUGAGCUAGCCUGCCAUCCAGACGCAUGCCCCGCCCUAGCCACUGUCCCCUUGGGGCCCAUCGAAGAGGCGGUCGUCGGCGCUGAUAGCUCGGAGAGCACGAUGCCAGUCCCCCCGCACGACACAGCGGUGCCGACAGGAGGACUAGCGGUCACCCGAACAUGGACGUUCGGCCGAUAGCCAUAGGCGAGGUCCUUGCGCGCCUACUCCAGCGGGCGGCAUGCCUGCAGUUGCGCGAGCCGAUGGCUCGAGUCUUUCUACCAUCA